AGGCGCAGACGCAGGUGAGAAGAAAAGCAUUGAUCAGGAGCCAGGGUCGAUCGAGGAGGAAUCGCCUGAGACGAUGGGCGCCGGCCAGCGUAUGGCGUCUCCGCCUGCGGCGGUGGCCGUGCCUCUCCUGCUUCUGUUCGUCGUGCCCUUCUGGAGCCAUGUGGCGUCGGCGGACGGCGGCGCUCCGGCCUGGACGACGGCGCUGCAGAAGCACGUGGCGUUCUUCGACGCCGACAGCGACGGCAUCGUCUCCUUCUCCGAGACAGAGCGAGGGCUUCGCGCCAUCGGUCUCGGAGCUGCCGAGGCGACCGUCAAGGCAACCUUGAUCAACGGAGUCAUCGGACCCAAGACCAGACCUGAAAAUGCUACGACGUCAAAGUUCUCAAUCUACAUAGAGAACAUCCAUCAAGGGAUCCACGGAAGUGACAGCGGCUCGUACGAUGCUCAAGGAAGGUUUGUCCCUGCGAAGUUCAACGAGAUAUUCACCAAGCAUGCCAAGGUCGAACCGAACGCUGUGAACGAGAGCGAGCUGGAGGCGAUGCGCAUCGCGAACAGGGAGGACGGCGACGACAUAGGAAGGGCGGCGUCGAAGGCGGAGUGGGACUUGCUGCACAGCCUCGCCAAGGACAAGGACGGCUUCCUUCAGAAGGACAACGCGCGCACCGUCUUCGACGACAGCCUCUUCGUUCAGCUGGCAAAAAAGGGCGAGUAGUCUCGAAAUUAACCAAGCAUGGUUUGUAUUUGUACUUGUCGUCUCGUUGAUUAUGAAAGUCACUGCACAAUUAUUGUCAAUGUAAAAAGGGACUGUGUAUUUGACAGUCCACUGAAAUACAAUUGAGCUUCAUUCAAA